AUGGAGCUACAGACCACGGUUGUUGUCAUCUUAAUUUUCACAAGUUUGACUAGUGCAGAAAUAAAAUUACCACCGGGUUUUAUGGUAAUUGGUGGUCCUUUAACAAAUACUCUGGUGAAUACUUUGGCAAAAAAUGAAGACAAGCACCAGAUAAUUGAUAUCAAUGUGGAAGGCACCGAUUCUAUUUGCUUGGACCCUCUGCCAAGAUACGUGAAAAAUCACUUUAAAGCUCAUCAUCAAAAAGGACUUUCCCAUUACAAAGUAAUUCUUCCUUGGGCUGGUAUUCUGUCCCAAGAUAUUGCUGAGAAAGUGGAUCAUAAGCAAGUGAAGUGCUAUUCAAACUUCCUAAAUGAAUUAAUAAUUGCAAAUCUCAAGCCUAUAAUGGUUCUGAACAUCAGUAACAUCCCUCAACAUCUGACCGCGAAGUAUAGCAACUGGGAGAAUGAAGCACUUAUUGAAUCCUUUGCAAACUAUGCACGAUUUGCUUUCGUAACAUUUGGAGAAAAAGUUAAAACUUGGAUAACAUUUGAUGAUUCUUCAAAGAUAAUAUCCCAACACAAAAAACUAAACACUGAAUCUUCAGCAAUCAGGAAUAUAAUGCUUGCCCAUAAAAAGGCAUACAAAAUUUAUCACAAUGAAGCGGCGCCUAUGGGAGGAAGAUUGUCUCUUGUUUUGAAUAUUAAUGACGUGAUUUCUACAGGCGUUAUAUUCCAGCAAGUUAUCAAAACAGGAAUGGCAGACUUGAUUGCUCUAACCGUACCAUAUGAUUGUGAACCAAAUCAGAAGCAUGCACCUCCUCCUACUAAACUCUCCAUUCAUUGGAAUGGGUUCUCUACACUUAUGUCAACUAGAGAACGAUUGGCUGCAAAACUUAUUAAAUUGAGCCUAGUUCAUUUGACAAGUAGGAUUAAGUUGCAUGAGGAGGCAUUCUAUACAUACAUUAAGAUCAAGAGGAUAACUGGGGAGAGGGUGGGACCACCCAAGGAUAAAGAGGGGAAUAUUUGCUUGGAUGUGAAGGAAGUGAAUGAGGUACUUAAUGAGUACUUUGCUUCAGUAUCUACCAAGGAAAAGGACGUGGACAAUCAGGAGAUCAGUGCUAAGUGCAUAAAGACGUUAGGGUGUUUGGUGGUCAAGGAAGAGGAAGUGUUGGGCCUUCUAAUGAGUAUUAAAGUGGAUAAGUCCCCAGGACCUGAUGGCAGUUACCCCAGAUUAAUGAAAGAGAUGGACCCCUCAGGAAGUGGAGGUUCAAAAACAAAAGAAGAUUUCUUCCUGGAAAAUCUAGUGAAAAUAAAGAACAUCGAGAACAUUUUACAGAUUGUUAUCUAUAACAUAGAUUUUUCACAAUGCAGUACUUCAAGCAACACAAUGCAUUACAGAACGGCAUUAAAUGAAAUUGUUAAAGCUGUGACUGUGAAUAAGGUUCCCAUUGUUGGCUGUGAUGCCAGUCGCUUUCUGGAUGAUUUAUCUCCGUAUUAUCAAACAUACAAUUCAGAAACAGAAAGUACCUCUUCUCUAUUGGAUGGUGGAAAUAAACUUAAGAUCAUGGAGCAUUCCAGUAAAGUCCAACUUGCCACAGCAAAUGCUCCGACAUCUUAUCAAACCAUAUGGAAGAAGUUUUCUAAUCAAUCAUCAGAAGAGAGAGACGCCUUUGUAAAUGGCACUUUCCCCAGUGGCUUUCUCUGGGGCACAGCUACUGCCUCAUUUAAAAUUGAAGGAGGCUGGGCAGAACAGGGGAAAGGAGAAAGUAUAUGGGACAGGUUUGCCCAUCAGGGACAAAUCAAACAAAACCAGACAGCAGAUGUUGCCUGUGAUAGCUUCCAUAAGAUUGACUAUGAUGUUUAUUUGAUGAGAGGUUUACAAUCAAACUCUUACAAGUUCUCUUUGUCGUGGCCAAGAAUUUUUCCAACUGGCUAUCGUGCUAAGCUGAACCAAGAGGGAGUAGACUAUUACAAUAAACUGAUUGACACUUUACUGGAGUCCAACAUUCAACCAAUUGUGACACUAUAUCACUGGGAUCUUCCUCAGUCUUUGCAAGAUAGAGGUGGAUGGCAGAAUGAGAGUAUAAUACCGAUUUUUGCUGACUAUGCAGAUUUUUGCUUUGCUGCGUUUGGCAACCGUGUGAAAUACUGGAUCACAUUUAAUGAGCCCUGGGUUAUUAGUUACGCUGGGUAUGGCACAGGGCAGCAUGCACCAGGAAUCAGUGAUGUAAAUACUGCAGUCUACAAGGUUGGCCAUACCAUAAUCAAGGCCCAUGCCAAAGCUUGGCACAUAUAUGACAAAAACUACCGCUCUCAGCAACGUGGUCAAUUAGGAAUAGCAUUAAACUCAGACUGGGCUGAACCUUCCUCUGAAAAUGCGGAUGUUUCUACUGCUGAUCGCUACCUGCAGUUUAUGCUGGGCUGGUUUGCACAUCCUAUCUUCGUUAAUGGUGAUUAUCCAGCAGUGUUAAAAAAGCAGAUAGAAAAAUAUAAUCAGGAAUGCUCAGUUACUCCUGUCCAGCUACCUUCAUUUACAGAAGAGGAGAAAAAAUACAUAAAGGGAACUUCAGAUUUCUUUGGUCUUAGUCACUAUACCUCCUGGCUAAUCAAUUCUACCACAAAUAAAACGUGUGGUUUAAACUACAACAGUAUUGGGGACUUUUCCCCUCAGGUGCACCCAUCAUGGCCCCCAACUGCAUCUCCAUGGAUAUAUAUUGUCCCAUGGGGACUGCGAAGACUGCUAAAUUUUAUUGCACUUGAAUAUACAGGUACCAACAUUCCAAUUUAUAUAACAGGACAUGGAGUGCCAACUAACGGCACUGACUCUAUAAAUGAUACCUUAAGGACAGAGGCAUCUGCUGCCUAUAUUAACGAGGCAUUGAAGGCUUCCAGUGUGGAUGGGAUCGAUGUAAGAGCAUUUACAAUAUGGUCACUAAUGGACAACUUUGAAGGUCCACAAGGAUACAGUCUUAGAUUUGGACUUCAUUAUGUCGAUUUUGAAGAUUCUAACAGACCUAGAACUCCGAAGGAAUCUGCAUAUUCUUACACAAAGAUCAUUGAGAAUAAUGGCUUUGUUAAUAGUUCUUCAAAAAAAAUAACUCAGAGCUUUACUGCCAACAAUAUUAAAAGACUGACAAAUUUAGCAGCAUCAGAAGUGCCUUCAAAGGCUAAGAUUGUGUGGGAGAAGUUUUCAAAUCAGGAUGAAAUGGAAAGGGACAACUUUUUAUAUGGCACAUUCCCAGAAGGGUUUGGAUGGAGUGUAGCCACUUCAGCUUACCAAAUCGAAGGAGGGUGGAAUGCCGAUGGGAAAGGACCUAGUAUCUGGGACAAUUUCACCCACAGCUCUAACAUCCAGAAUGGUGAUAUUUCAUGCGACAGUUACAACAAAAUUGAUGAAGAUCUUUACAUGCUUCGAGCAUUGAGAGCUAAAAACUACCACUUUUCUAUCUCAUGGUCUCGAAUUUUCCCCAAUGGGCAACUUGAGCCCUUGAAUCCUUUGGGUGUUAACUAUUACAAUAAACUAAUUGAUGGUCUUCUUGCAAGCAACAUAACACCGGUGGUGACCCUUUACCACUGGGAUCUGCCUCAAGCACUUCAAGAUAUUGGAGGCUGGGAGAAUGAAACACUGAUUGACUUGUUUAAUGCAUAUGCUGAUUAUUGUUUCAGUACUUUCGGAGAUAGGGUUAAGUUCUGGAUAACAUUUAGUGAACCUUCUGUAUUUAGCUGGGAAGGAUAUGGCACAGGUGCCUUUCCUCCAUCCUUAAAAGAGCCUGGUGAUGCUCCAUACAGAGUGGCGCACAUAUUGCUGAAAUCUCAUGCCAAAGUGUUUCACACCUACGAUGAUAAGUACAGGAGCAAGCAGAAUGGCUUAAUUUCUAUAAGUCUUAAUGCAGAUUGGGUGGAACCGAAGGUGCUGAGUGAACUCAGAGAAGUGGCUGCAGCGGAUCGCUACCUGCAGUUUACACUGGGAUGGUUUGCACAUCCCAUUUUUAAAAAUGGUGAUUAUCCUGAAGCAAUGAAAUGGCAGGUUGGAAACAAGAGUGAACUACAGCGUUUAUCAUCCUCAAGGCUUCCUCAGUUUACGGAAAAGGAAAAGUCUUAUAUCCGUGGCUCCGCAGAUGUCUUUUGUCUCAAUAUGCACACGACAAAAAUUAUCAGUCAUGCGAUCAACAAAUUUAAAACUCUUUCUUAUGAAUAUGACAGGGACACAGCAGAAGAGGUUGACCCAAGUUGGCCAACUUCGGCUGCCAGGAAUGCUAGGGCUGUAGCUUGGGGUCUAAGGAGACUGCUGAACUGGAUUAAAGAAGAAUAUAAUAAUCCACCAAUUUACAUAACAGAAAAUGGAGUAGCCACUAAACCUUCUGCUGGCGUGGAUGACACGGACAGAAUAUUCUACUACAAAACAUACAUCAACGAAGCACUGAAAGCUUACAAACUGGACCACGUUAAUCUUAAAGGUUAUGGUGUGAGGUCCCUCGUGGAUAGCUUUGAAUGGAUCAGUGGAUAUAGCACACAAUAUGGACUGCAUCAUGUAAACUUCAAAGACCUUAACAGGCAAAGAACUCCUAAGCGGUCAGCACACUACUAUGCAGAAAUAAUUCGUGACAAUGGCUUCCCACAACACAAAGAUGAUGAGUUCUUCUAUGGUGAAUUUCCAAAGAACUUUGCAUGGAGUGCUGCUACUGCUGCCUAUCAGAUUGAAGGAGGUUGGAGAGCUGAUGGCAAAGGAUUAAGCAUAUGGGACACGUUUUCUCAUACUCCCCUUAAAAUUGGCAACAGUGAUACAGGGGAUAUUGCAUGUGACAGCUAUCACAAGAUUGAAGAAGACUUGGCCAUUCUUAAAGAGCUGAAAGUUGACCAUUACCGUUUCUCCCUAUCAUGGGCUCGUAUUCUCCCAGAUGGUACCACACGUUUUGUUAAUGAGGCUGGAUUAAGCUACUAUAUAAAGUUUAUUGAUGCCCUCCUUAAAGCUAACAUUAAACCUCAGGUUACACUUUAUCACUGGGAUUUGCCCCAAGCACUGCAAGAUGUUGGUGGUUGGGAAAAUAGCAGCACAAUUGAUCGAUUUGUCGAAUAUGCUGAUUUCUGUUUUCAAAGAUUAGGCGAUAAAGUGAAGUUUUGGAUAACAUUAAAUGAGCCAUAUAAUACAGCACUUAUGGGAUAUGGCUAUGGUACUGCAGCGCCAGGUAUUGCCACAAGACUGGGCACAGCUCCGUAUGUUGUUGCUCACAAUCUAAUCAAAGCUCAUGCUGAAGUUUGGCAUUUGUACAAUGACACUUACAGAUCGCAGCAGCAUGGUCUCAUUUCCAUAACAAUAAACUCUGACUGGGUUGAACCAAGAAAUCCGUACAAACAAGAAGAUGUGGAUGCAGCAAAUAGACAUCUGAUGUUUUAUGGUGGUUGGUUUGCAUAUCCAAUCUUUAAAGAUGGUGACUACAAUGAGAUAAUGAAAACUCGUGUGAGGGAGAAGAGCUUGGCUCAAGGAUUGCCCAAGUCCCGGCUCCCAGAGUUUUCAGAAUCUGAAAAAAGAAGAAUUAAAGGAACCUACGAUUAUAUGGGAUUUAAUCACUACACCACCGUUUUGGCUUUCAAUGCCAAUCUUGGAAACCUUAUCCCACUGUAUGAUGCUGACAGGGGAACUGGGACAACUGUCGACCGCACUUGGCUUAGCUCUGGGUCUUUUUGGCUGAAAGUAACCCCAUGGGGCUAUCGGAAAAUUCUUAACUGGAUCAAAAAAGAGUUCAACAAUCCUCCAAUUUACCUAACAGAAAAUGGUAUUUCAGAGCAUGGAUAUCAAGGUCUCAAUGAUACCUGGAGGAUCAAUUAUUAUCGGGGUUACAUUAAUGAAGUUUUAAAAGCUAUCAAACUCGAUGGAGUUGAUAUCCGUGGCUACACAGCAUGGUCACUGAUGGACAACUUUGAAUGGGCUGUGGGAUACGCUGACAGAUUUGGAUUAUUCUAUGUAAAUCACACAGACCCUUCUUUGCCUCGCAUUCCCAAAGCUUCAGCCAAGUUUUAUUCUACAAUUAUUCGCUGCAAUGGCUUUCCUGAUCCUGCUUUAGGGCCACACAAGUGCCUGCAGUCAGAAGCCACCACCGUAGAACCUCCAACAGUGAAAACCACACCAACCCUGACAACAAAUACCGAAGGAGGGCAAGUUUAUUUCCUGGGAUUAGAAAUCUCUAGUGUGGACGCAGCAAGUGCUCUGUAUGCUUUGUUUGUUGUUUCAAUAAUCGCUGUUGUUUUAUUGGUUAUCUUUGCAUAUCAAAUUCUGAAAACUAGAAAAUCAAGACAACUGGAAUCAAACUCAGACACAAUUUCAUUGUCAUAAAA